AUGGAGAUGCUGCUGGGGAAGAAGAGAAAGCCCUCACUCAGCCUCUCCCUCUUCACAUCCUUCCAGAGGCCAUUGCAGGCACCCAAGAAAUCCCCGAAGCCCUCCAAAUCCUCGAGACCAGUCUUCUUUGACCCGGACGUCGUUGGGCUUGCCAUAAUCGCUACAAUGCCUCAUCAGGAACUGGGUCCUACUAAUCCCGCAAAGAAAAAUAUUUUCCUACCACCUAUGCUCUCAGAGACCUCGAAGAGGAGGACUAGGGAAGCGGACCCACUCAGUGAGAGCUAUACUUGUGUGAUCACUCAUCUCGGGAAUGACACCGUGAGGAAGAGGGUCUAUUAUGAUGAUCAAGUCUUCGAGGUCAAUGACAAUGCCGCUACCGAUCAUGGCCAGUCUAUUUUUGCCAUAAAAAAGAUCGUGGAGGAACUGAAGCAUGAAAUAGGAAUAGGGCCACAGUCGUCGGCCUAUUUCCUUGGCUGCUGUCGUCUCUGCAAGAAACAGCUUCAUGGGAUGGACAUUUUCAUGUACAGGAUUGGGGAAAUGGAAGGAAAAGAAAGGGAGAGAUCAGGGGAAGUUUCCAGACAGAGCCUAGUCGAAAGAGAGAAGGAGAUGAUCUCUGUUUUGAGCUAUAGGUAG